AAAUUUUAUGGCCAUUUGUUUUCCAAUCCUUUCUUCUAUACUGUUCUACAGUCUUCUUUGCUUGCCCCAAAAAAAACUAAUGGAGUGUUUAUUCUAUUUCCAUUUCCAUAUGCUUCUAACAAAGUACAAUCUUUGAGUUUUGUUCCUUUCAUUUCAUAACUGGGUCUUUCAAUUGCAGGUAAUUUUUUCUCUCAGUUUUUGCAUUAAUCCUCUUAUACAAUUCUUUACAAGUUCCUCAACUUAGAGAAAGGGCUGGAGGUUUGGGAGGAUUUUUAGGAACAAACAUAUUAUUGAAUCUAUUUUUGAUUAUGUUCCAGUGGAUUCAAGAACCGAAUCCUCUAUCUUUGUAUUUGCAAAAUCUAUAGUUUUUAAGUGAUUAUAAUAUCGAUUAGGGAGGCAUGGCUCAACCUCUCUCUGUCAAACAACAUGGGGAUAAAAGCAACAGAUUUGUGUGAAGCUCUGGGUUUCUACUGUUUGUCGAUAGAUUGACGUUGGGCAUCCAUCGUCUGAACCUCGGUUCCAGUCUCAUAAGCUUAUCAGCAAACAAAAAAUUAAUUUUGCACCCGCCACUUUCAUAAACCUGAAGGCAUGGCUAAAUGCUGAUGAAUCAAAUGGUUGUGAAUGAUCUCGGCAUUUUUCGGUUCAUCUUCAUGAGUAAUACUGCUUUGCGGAAUUUGCAAGAAACUAAUGAAGCACUUCAAAUGAUGCUUAACUAUAUAUUAAUGAAACUGAGUCACUGGAUCAUAUGAUAUGGUAUGUUCUUUCCCCCAUUUGCUCUUUGUUUGUUAUAAGGUUCUUUUGUGUAAUGUUUUAUUUUCUUCUAUUUACUCUUUAUAUGAAGUGAGUUUUGAGCAAAAAUCUAUCAUAAUGAGCUAUGUUUAUUUAAUUAUUUGUUGUGGUCAUAUUGAAAGUGAAUCACUUCAUCCAUCUCUUUUUGUGAUCUGAAGGGCUGAAAAUUACACUAAAGUCUGAUGACAUUAAAAGAGAAUUCAUGGAGUUAAAAAUUUAACAUUAAAGGAUAAAAAAUUAGAUGUGUUGUCAUUUAAUUUUGUUUUUAGAACAUGUUGUAUAAUUUCUUAAAUUACCUGAGUGGUUCUGCAAGUGAAGAUUUCUAUUUGACUAGAGUAUUAUAUCACCAUAACAGUUAAUUAUAAGUACACCAAUAAAAAAGAGUUGGUAUCAAUGAAAAAAAAAAAUCUGACAUGAGAGAUUAGUACACUUGACUUGAAUACAAGUUUCAAAUAAACCAUGAAGAGAAAACAAAUAAAUAAUUAGCCAUCUUUAUAAUUCUAUACACAAAACAGAGAGGAAAGGGUAGGUCAAAAAGACCACAGAUUACAGAAAUAUGAACACCAGUCAUCUUUUCCUGUCCGUUGUAUGGCAUUUUUGUUCACUUUUCUCCAUUCUUUACACACCUUAUCUCAGAAUCUCCCAUCACAUUUUAUUCUAUGUGUGUGUCGUACCUAGAAUCUAGCAACAUCUUUGACUACAUACCAUCCUAAAUUACCCCUGCAUUCAUACAGUUUGCUAUUGGAAGUUACUCGCUUUAGUAAACAUGAAUUUGUUAUCUUUAAUCUAUCACUUGGUUGCUUUAAGUUACUUUUAGUUUAUUACAUAGAGAGUUGCUUACAUUUUGAAAAAUGUUGUUCUAAGCUUUUAACAAUUAUUUACUUGGUGCUCACUUUGUGACUGCGCUCUUCAUUGAAAAAUGUGGAAAAAAUAUAUCUGAAAUAGCUGCUACGACAAUCGCAAUAAGCCAUCAAACAAUGACACUGUGGUUUAUCUGAAUUACUCACCAAAUCAAUUAAGAUCCUGACACACUUUCUACAAAUUUUUAAGAUCCUAGAUGAAACAUUAAGUAUCUUUUAAUUUAUAGCUCGCUAAUUUCUAUUUUUACACUCAGUUUUAGACUUUUUAAGUUGACGAUUGGUGUUUACUUGAUUUUUGCAAGUAUUUCAAAACGCCUCCCUGUUAUGUGUUUUGGGAUGUGUUAGUAAAUCUUGCAGGGAAUGACAAAGGAGCGUGCGUCGUACAUUAUGCAAUUAGCCAAAUUUGAUGUUGUCCCUCAAUACAUACAAAUUAACUUACCAAAAAGGAGGAAGCAGCAGUUGCUUAGUCAGCCAGCUUUCACAUUUGGAUCCACGAACUUAAAAAUAGGUAUUUUUACUCAAAGAAGGGACUGCUCUUUCACAUCAUCUUGUCUUUUGGUAUUGCAAUUUCAGUUUGAUUUUUUAUAUGAAUUUUAGACAUUAUCUUUAGAUUCUCUUUAGAUUUUCCAACAUGGUUGAAGCAGUUAUAUUUUGACUAACUUUCACUGCGAUAAAUUUCAUAGAGGCAAGUCAAGAUGCCGGCACUAUAUUGAUGUGUUGUGAGUUUCAACCUCUUGCUUGUUCUCCUUUGCUUUGGUGGUUAAUUUCUUUAAUUUUUAUUAUUUCAAUGAUUAGUCUCCCGCGGUUUCCACUCCAAGUCCACCAAUCCAACAUAAACCCGCCAACAUCGUAUUCCAUAAAGCUUGUGUGCACUUACCAAACAACCCUGCCCCUUCGCCCACAACCAUUAGCACACAUGCCUAAUAACAAGGAUAUCACAGUAAAAUCACUUUGUUACCAUAAUCGAACAAACCCCAUGGAAUUAAGACCCCAUAGUUGGACCAUAAUCGAACAGACCCCAUAGUUGGACUGGUUAUUUUUUCUUUAACUUCUUUAAUAACAAUUAAGAAUCUACAUUAACACUUUGACUAAUAGUAUAUGAGUUUAUUUGUUAGGGAUGGUCUUUUUUUUUCCUUAAAGAUUUUUUAGAAUGUAGAAAAUGAUUUUUCUUGUUAAUUCUGUUUAUGUUGUGGGAAUUUUCUGAUACAAUAACUGUUCAAUCAGGCAGACGAAAACUCAAAUCGAAAUGAUUAGGAAGUUGAUAUACGCAAUGCAGAAAUACUUAAAAAAUGAUAUAACUGACCUCUUAAAAUCAGGAUUGGAUGUGAUUGGUCCAAAGGGCGGGUCACAGACGGAUUUCUCAGUUAUCAAAAAAAUAUAAAAAAUCAGGAUUGGAUGUCAACACCUACGACAUGAUAAUUUUCUUUUGUUGGAAUUGAUAUAUCAAUAUAUUCCGUUAUUUUAUCACUUAGUUGUAUUUUAUAUGACCUUUUUCUUUAUACUGAUUUGUUGCGAGUCUCAACCUCUUACUUGUUCUCCUAUUCUUUGGUGGUUAAUUCCAUUAGUUUUUUGUAUGUGCAUGUUAGUUCUCCUUUAAAAAAAAUGUGUUUGUGUUUUUUUUUCUCCUUGGGCACAAUUUGAAAUACUCCAUAAUGACCACAACCAAUCCUAAAACCAAAUACACUCUCACUAAGAAUAAUGGUCUAUUGAGUUCUCUUCCUCUCAAUGCAACUGCAUUCCUUUGGUUAAUUUAUAUGAGCUUAAGGAAAAAGAAAAUGUAGAAUGAGUUUUUUUCUUUCUUUAUUUUCGGUGAUUACUAAUUGAGAAUAUGACUUCUAUCCUAUAGAAAGGCUAAUGAUCUAAAUUUAUGCAUUCUCUAAGUUGGUCUUUUUCAUAAGCGUCGUGCCAAGUCCAACGGGGAAACAUAUAAUAGGAUAGAUGGAGUAUAAUUUUUUUUUAUUUUUAAAAUGUACUUCCAAACAAAUAAGAGUUGAUCAAAACUCAACAAGCAACUAUGGGAGCCACUAUAGGAAUCCCCUUGCAUUUCAAGACACAUACUGUGAGAAAGAUUCCGAUAAGCUUUUGGCACAUUCAAAUAUUGACAAGAUGAAAGAUUUUGACAUUAAUAGUCAAUCAGACUCAUUUAAUUAUUUAGACAAAGACGGAACAUUUGAGUCCGGGGAAAAGGGAGUUACUGGAACAGUAAAUCAUCUUUCACAUCCUGCGAAUGUCCCGUCCCCUCUCUCUGGUUUGCCUGAGUUCUCUCACCUAGGUUGGGGCCAUUGGUUUACUCUGAGGGACCUUGAAACUGCAACCAACAAGUUUGCUAAGGAUAACAUCAUUGGAGAGGGUGGUUAUGGCAUUGUUUACCGGGGACAGCUGAUUAACGGAACUGAAGUUGCUGUUAAAAAACUAUUGAAUAAUCUAGGACAAGCAGAGAAAGAAUUUCAAGUGGAAGUUGAGGCCAUCGGUCAUGUCCGACAUAAGAAUUUGGUUAGACUUUUGGGCUACUGUAUUGAAGGAACUCACAGGUUACUGGUUUAUGAGUGCAUAAACAAUGGGAAUUUAGAGCAGUGGCUACAUGGAGCUAUGCAACAGCACGGAUAUCUUACAUGGGAAGCACGGAUGAAGAUUCUCCUUGGCACUGCUAAAGCUCUGGCAUAUUUACACGAGGCAAUUGAGCCCAAGGUGGUGCAUCGUGACAUCAACUCAAGCAACAUAUUGCCAGAUGAUGACUUCAAUGCAAAAAUUUCUGAUUUUGGCCUGGCCAAGUUGCUCGGUGCAGGGAAGAGUCACAUUACAACCAGAGUUAUGGGCACCUUCGGAUAUGUAGCUCCUGAGUAUGCAAAUAGUGGUCUCCUGAAUCAAAAGAGUGAUGUAUACAGCUACGGUGUUGUGUUUCUGGAAGCCAUCACUGGAAGAGAUCCUGUGGAUUAUGGUCGCCCUGCUCCCGAGGUGAAUCUUGUUGACUGGCUCAAGAUGAUGGUUGGCAGCAAACGCUCAGAAGAAGUAGUCGAUCCAACAAUCGAGACAAGGCCUUCCACAACCGCCCUUAAACGAGCUCUAUUGACUACUCUAAGAUGUCUUGAUCCAGAUUCAAAUAAGAGGCCAACAAUGAUUUACUUAAACUUAGAACAGAUCAGCAGGACUACACAAUCAUAUGUGCUUUGCUUCUGAAACUGCAGACAUAUGGAUGGACAAUCAAAUGACAGAAACCAAGACUAAAGAUAACAUAUUGCAGUAUUUAAAUGCGGUAAAAAGUAGUCAGUCCGUACAGUCUCCUGCAGAAAUUGGAAUAUACAUGCAUAGAACAGAUCAGCAGGAAUACAGAAUGAUAUGUAGUUUGCUUGUCCAAAUUGUAGUCAUAUGGAUGGAGAAUCAACUGACAUAAGGCAACACUGAAGAUCGCAUAUGGCACUAUUUGAAUGAGGAACUCAGCCCUCCCAUUUUGUCACUUUUGCUUAUAAUAGGGACAACAUAAUGGCUGACUCUCCCUAUGCUCUGGUUUUUUGCAUGAGGCACAUUAGCUCUGGAAAAGCAAACUGCAGCAUCCUCAACAUAUGCCAUAAACAAUGCCAUGCUAAUCUUAUAUAGCAAAACUGCAACAUGUACUAUAUUAUUUUGUGUAUAUUACUUUAGUUAGUAUGUGCAAGUCAUUGAACUCGACGCCAUACUAAUGUCUAUCGUACAUAUUAAUAUAAUAUAUAAUAUUAUCUAUC